GCCUCGAUUGCUUCGGUCUAAUAAACAAAGAUGCCGGAAGCAGCUUCAGGAAAGACAGCAUCGGAGCGGCAGGAGGAUUACAAGGCCGCAAACAGUUACGGGGCGUCUAGUAGUUCGUUCUAUACCACCGAAGAAAAGAAAGAAUCGUACGAAGCUCUCGCCGACGUUUUGGGCAGCAAAUGCAUGGACGAAACGCUAAGAAUAUGCAUCACGGAUAUGUUGGAUGUGUGUGCCGAUAUCACAGAAGCCUUGCGCACAGCUUUAGUAACGGUCGAGGGCAACAUAAACGACUUCGGAGAUGCGCAGUUGAGCGUGGAUAUGAUCGCCGACAACUUGAUUUGGGACGCUGUAAAGAGGUCUACAGUUAUCCGGGAGGGUGCUUCCGAAGAGGAUCCCGUUGUUCGAAAUGUGGAUGAGAACAAGGAGGGCGAGUACACCGUCUGCUGGGAUCCACUAGACGGAUCGUCUAUUGUUGACAAUAACUGGGCCGUUGGAACCAUGAUUGGUGUUUGGCCCAAGAGUACUGGCCUUCUUGGUGCUACUGGUCGAGACCAGGUGACUUCCCUCGUGGCCUUGUACGGUCCUCGGACAACAGUCCUUGUGGCCUUGGACGACGGCGCUUACGAGUUUAGUUACGGCUGCACGCCAGAAGGCUGCCAACUGUCGGAUGGCAGCUGGGAGCCCUGGAUUUGCACGCGCCACAAAAUCCAAAUCAAUCACCAGAGCAAAAUCUUUUCGCCCGCAAAUUUACGUGCCGCGCAAGAGUUGCCUGGCUACAAAAAGCUAGUAGACCACUUUUUGGAGAAUCGUUACACCCUACGCUACACCGGAGGUCUUGUUCCGGACGUGUAUCAGCAAUUUACUAAAGGGCAGGGUGUCUUUUCGAACCCGACGGCGGGAGGUAGCCCGGCGAAAUUGCGCUUGGCGUUUGAAGCAGCGCCUUUUGGCUUGCUCGUUGAAAAAGCUGGUGGUAAGACAUCCGAUGGAGUCACUGGUGGGUCUAUUUUAGACGUACAAAUCAAUUCGGUAGAUCAGCGUACCGCAUUAUGCCUUGGAUCUAGUGACGAAGUAAACCGCUUCAAUGAAUUUGUUUGCACAUGAAAAGAAGUAAAUGUAAUUAGAACUUUCCCUUCUACUCUUCCUAAUAGGUCGAA